AUGCUUCUCAUGUUCCUCUCCAACAUCGCCAAACGCUCAGCUGAAAUUGGCGUCGGUGCAACAGCCAAAAGGCGUAUCAUUCAACACACCAAUCACACUGGCUGUUCGCUUUCUGCUCCCAUCGAAACAAACCACUCCGAUCAUCGUGUUAAUUUGAAAACCAACAGAAGCAACGAAACAGCAGAAGAGGACACGAGGAUGAUCCAAGAGGUGGUUGGCAAUGCACCUCACACUCACUCCGCAGACUUUUCAUUGUCUGUGCAUAUCGGGUCCAGAGUGUACGCCAAGUGGGUUAAUGGGUGGAUGGAUGGAAUUGAGAAGAGUCAUCUCUGGUCGCAACUGCUCCCACCGUCUCACAAUGCCAACGAAGGCGUUCGUGCAGUUGAGCACAGUGGGUGUGGUGUGGUUUGGACGGUCGUCAAGUGUAGUGAUCCAUCGAUCACUGGGCCGAGUGAUGACACGCUCAAAACUUCGCUGAAUGUCGACGCGACAGAGUCGGUUUAA